AUGCCCAAAACUAAAAAAAAAGAAAAAAUUUAUCAAAAACCAACUGAAGAGCAAUUAUCAUAUUUACGUAACAAGUCUAAAGUUAAAAAUACUUAUAGAUCAACACAAAAUUGGAUCAAUAAAUUUCAAGAAUAUUGUUCAGACAUUGGACUAGAAGGGGCACCAGAAAAUAUAGAUGAUACUUCCAAACUAGAAACACAACUUUAUGAAUAUUUUACUGUAGCUAAAAAAAAUAAUAGAUCAGAAUAUACAGUAUCAUCUCUUUUGUUUACAAUUAGGGCAAUUAAUAGAUUUUACAAUUCGAAUAUUAGUAAAGUCACACCUGUUGAUUUGUGCGACAAAAAGUCAUUUCCUACAAAUCUUGCUUCAAGUAUGUCUUCUACUUUGACAACUCAAGAUGCUUCUCUACUUACACCACAACCAGCAAAUUCACAUGAAUUUCAAAAUUCUAAAGUUCCUUUACAGGAAUUACCAUUGGUUUCAAAUCAAAAUCAUGAAAUGCAAGAAUUUUUUCAAAGGAAUUUGUUUAUGAAUUCUAAUAUUACUUUUUAUAUACAUAAUCAUUACUAUACAUUGCAACAAUAA